ACUUUUAUUACUACAUGUUAAAUCUUGGUUGUUCGGAGAUUCUUUAAGUGGAAAAGUUGUGCUAAGUGUAAAAUGAUUCCAGCGAUGGAUUUGUAAACAUUGGUUGUAUGCGUUCUCCAGACAAUGGCCUGCAUUCCAGUACAAUAGAUACCUGUUUUGUUGUGGGUUGACUUUUAGCCAUGUGUCAAUGCUGUUUAUAGAGUAACAUUACUAUUGCUAUUUCUAGAUCUAGGUAUCGCACAGGUUGAUUUUUUUUACGGAAUCAACCUGCCUGGAUUAUAUAAAUCAUGCAUUCUGCAGAUAAAAAGCGAAAGCUAAAACUACCGUCAAUCGAGGCCAUACAGAAGGCAGAAUACGAGAAAAAUGUCAAAUCUGACAAUGGUAAUGGCAAUAAUGACCCGAAAGGUAAAGGAGAGAAAAGUGAAAUUAACGAAACUGAGGUGUUAAAAAAUGGAAAAUCUAAAUCUAGUUCAGAAAUGAAAACUAGCAAAGAACUUACAACCAACGGAGAGCUUGAAACCAAUGGAGAAAAGCUGGUGUGUUCUAAGUGUAAAUGCAGAAUGACGCUUGAGGCUGAAGAAGAAGAGGAGAAAGGGAAGGAUAUCAACCUCCACCUCAACAACAACGGGUACCACCCUGACCGCGACAAGCCCAUGAUUCACCCAUGUGUAGACCCCCCAGUCUGUGACAGCUGUCAAAAACUUGAACUUUCAUUCUUUGACCCUGGAUGUCCCGGUUGCCAUGACAUCCUUGUCAAUCCGAACACAACAGUCCCUGAAAUAUUUGCCGUCCUUCGACAAUGGACCCCACAGACACAACAGAAUUUAGAACUUCUAAUCAAUGAGAUUUUGAAGCGGAAUGCCCACAUUAACGACCGAGAUGGUUUGACAGACAUGACACUGUUACAAUACGCCAGUAAAUCUGGGGCAGCAGGAAUUGGUGACCCUGAAGUUGCUUCAGGGGUUGUAACCAUGUUGAUUUCCAAAGGAGCAGACGUCAAUAUUCGGUGUCGUUGGACCAAUAUGACUGCCCUCCAUUAUGCUGCUUACUUUGAUGUUGUACCUGUGAUAAAAGUCCUGCUCACUACAAAAGCUUUAGAUAUAGACAGUACGUGUUCAGAGUUCGACCAUGGCAGUUCGUUACACAUCGCCGCUUCUAACCUGGCAUAUGAGGCUGUUAAAGUUCUCCUCCAGAACGGUGCUAAUCCAAUGAUGAAGGAUGACAUGGGCCGGGGACCAUUAGAAUGCAUUCCAGAUCCAACCAAUUUAGAUUCCGAUCCAGAAAUGGCAAAAUUGGUGGUCAAACUCAAAAAGACACUGCAGGAGUCCUGCCAACCAGCAGUCAAAGUUCCUCCCCCUAACUAUGACCUUGUCCAAUCCAAGGUCACUCUACAGGCCCUCGGGAUCACAUUGGGAGACAAAGUCGUCGUAGGUGGGGUAAAGACUGGGACCCUAAAAUACUGUGGACCAGCAGAAUUUGCUGGAGGUCUCUGGGCUGGUAUAGAGUUGGAUGAACCUGGAGGUAAAAACGACGGCAGCGUAGGUGGUAUCUCCUACUUCCAGUGUCCAAAUAACCAUGGUAUAUUUGCUCCAGUCAGUAAGAUUGCCAAACCAGGAACUGUACCAGCCCCUCGAUCACCAUCGGCUACCAUGUCUCCCAACAAAACACAACAGAAAGCUGCCGCGGUCAAUGUUUCCAAUGUCAAGGCCAGAGUGGACACAGGACUGAAGUGCCGUACAUCAUCCAUAGCAGAUCUGGCAGAGAUAGAUUUAGGUGAUCGAGUGAUCGUAGCGGGACAGAGGAAGGGCACAGUUCGGUUUUGUGGGGAGGCAAAGUUUGCACCAGGUAUAUGGUAUGGUAUAGAGUUGGACCGUCCCGUCGGGAAGAAUGACGGAUCCGUAAAUACAGAUCGAUACUUCCACUGUAAACCUAAACAUGGUGUGUUCGCUCCUCUGUCUCGGAUACAAAAACUUGGCGAUCGACGAUUCAGUUCCAAUGAAUCCCUUGAUGCCAUAAGCUGGGGUGCUGUUUCAGAAAAAGUUGACCGACGUUCAAAUAGUAGUGUUCCCUUUAGUUCUCAAAAUCGUGCCAAGACCCCAAUCAAAAGGCCUAAAAGUGGACUGUCCUUAGCCAGAAUACCAGGUGCCAGCGCACCAUUCAAACUGGAGGUUGGAAUGAGUGUCUUCUGCAAUAGUGAACUAGGUAAUGUGCGGUAUAUUGGUCCUGCUGACUUCGGUGACGGUAUCUGGGUCGGAGUAGAACUUCGGACAGCCAAGGGUAAAAACGAUGGAUGUGUUCAGGACAAACGUUACUUCUCAUGUAAACCAGACCAUGGCUUGUUGGUUAGGCCAAGUAAGAUUACAGUACGCGGGAUCAACGGGUCAAAACUUGUGUCGGACUAUUACCAUGCCCAGGAAGGCGAGGCUUAGAUCAUCACAUUGGACACAAGUCAGAAGUCAAAUUAUGCAUUGCCAUGUCAUACAUUGGAAGCCAGACAUAUAAUUACCAGGAGAACUUUGGAGAAGAUAGAGUUUUAUAUGGACAUUACUAUCACAUAUCAGUCAGGAUAACACAAGUCAUCACCAUUAGAUGUCUCUUGUAAAGAUGGCCAGGGUUCACUAACCAUCACCCUUAGAUGUCUCUUGUAAAGAUGGCCAGGGUUCACUAACCAUCAUCUUUAGAUGUCUCUUGUAAAGAUGGCCAGGGUUCACUAACCAUCAUCUUUAGAUGUCUCUUGUAAAGAUGGCCAGGGUUCACUAACCAUCAUCUUUAGAUGUCUCUUGUAAAGAUGGCCAGGGUUCACUAACCAUCAUCUUUAGAUGUAUCUUGUAAAGAUGGCCAGGGUUCACUAACCAUCAUCUUUAGAUGUCUCUUGUAAAGAUGGCCAGAGUUCAUUGAGUGUGACCAGGUAUCAUACACCUGUUAGACUUGUUGAAAUUACACAUCUCUGAUAAAAUGUCAAAAAAUUGUCAAAAAAAGUCAAAAGAAUAAUAGAAUCAUACAUGGGCCUGUUCCAUGGACAAAUUUUGGCUGCUCAGCACGAGACUUGUUAAACUAUUGGGAGUAAUGUCAUAACACAUGUCGACUGUCUUUCCUUCUCUGUGUGAGAGAGUUAUCCCCUCCUUAGCAACCACAGGGACACCCUGUGAAGUAUGUGAGAAUGAUUUCUCUAUUUUGAUAGGAUAGACUGUUGACCUGUUAUGGAGUCAACAGAGGACAAUCUGAUAAACCUGAUGAUAAAUAUACAGAUCAGGGAAACGUCCAUAAAAAAUACAAGUUGGCCACUUCCAAAUGUAUCUAUCAAAUCUGACCAGCGUUUGGUGCUUUAGUGUGAAAUGUUUAUGGCUAUUUUUGUGCCAAGAAUAUGCAAUUUUAUAAUGGUUUAUAUACAUGUAUAUAUAUAUUACUGGAUAUUUCUGUAAUGAAGGUAAAAAUGUUGUUUGUGUUUGUUAUGCCUGUUAGCUUAUGAAUGUACACAUGCACAGUUUUUUUUUAAAGAGUUUGAAUGUUGAUGAAAGAUUUUUCAAAAGUAAAGAUUUUUUUCUGUUUUAUCUAGUAUUAUGUACAUAGCAGUACUGUGCCCGUUCGGUUAGUUAUGUUGAUUAUAUUAGCGAAGGCCAGAUGAUUUUUAUGUUUGUAUAUGUACCGGAGUAUUUCAUAUAAGGUGAACAAUAUUUUAAGAUUCUGGUGAAUGAUUAAAUAACUGCUAAUCGGGGAAGUUAAAAAAAUCUACAAUGUACUUAACCCAAUGUUUUCUUUAGUUUUAUUAUCUGAACUGCUGAAAAGUAUUGUUUGGAAAAAAGGAUGCAAGAAAAAUGUGCCAUGCAGAGAUAUGACACAAAGUACUGGUAACGACAAAUCAUAUAGAUACUAGUUUAUGUGUAAUACAGUACCUCAGUCAUACUGUAGAGGUAGGUAACACACCUCAGUCAUACUGUAGAGAGGUAGGUAACACAAGACCAUAUACUGAGUAGAAGUUAGUAAAUACUUGUAAGACAGAUACUGAAUUAUCAAAAGUCAUAUAUUUUGUUGACACAAUACUUUGGUAUUCAAAUUAGGAUUAUGACGCAAUACAUUUUUAUUCUGAUCAAUUCUGUUUUUCGGAAUAAUAAGGGUAAAAGAUAUAAUUUUUGGAUUUGUGAACCAGAAAUUUCAGUCUUUUCAGUUUACUUUUGAAUUCGUUAAGGUGAAGGGUACUGGUAUAAGUUAUCAGAUGUAUCUAACUCUGGGUUAUAACGGGAUCCCACAGUAUAGUCUCUCUAGUAUGAGACAUUGGCUGUGUAUUGUGUAUAAGAGAGAAUACAAGAUUUUAAUGUCCAUAGCUCUGUCUCUUGUUUGUUAUUUACUCAGGACAAUGUUUCGUCACAUUUUGGAAUUUGUAUUUUAUGUAAUUCAAUAUGCAAUCUUUUUGUAUGACAAGUAUACUGGACAUAAAUACUGAUGUCUAUGAUAACUAUUAUCUAUGGUAUGUAGACAUGUUGUAGGUACUCUAUAUAUCUAUAUACAGGUAAAUACUGAUGUCUGACAACUAUGUAGUAUCUAUGGUAUAUGUAUACAGGUAAAUACUGAUGUCUGACAACUAUGUAGUAUCUAUGGUAUAUGUAUACAGGUAAAUACUGAUGUCUGACAACUAUGUAGUAUCUAUGGUAUAUGUAUACAGGUAAAUACUGAUGUCUGACAACUAUGUAGUAUCUAUGGUAUAUGUAUACAGGUAAAUACUGAUGUCUAUGUCAGCUAAGUAGUAUCUAUGGUAUAUGUAUACACGUAAAUACUGAUGUCUACGAUAACUACGUAGUAUCUAUGGUAUAUAUAUACCCGUAAAUACUGAUGUAUAUGACAACUACGUAGUAUCUAUGGUAUAUGUAUACAGGUAAAUACUGAUGUCUACGAUAACUACGUAGUAUCUAUGGUAUAUGUAUACAGGUAAAUACUGAUGUCUAUGACUACGUAGUAUCUAUGGUAUAUGUAUACAGGUAAAUACUGAUGUCUAUGACUACGUAGUAUCUAUGGUAUAUGUAUACACGUAAAUACUGAUGUCUGACAACUACGUAGUAUCUAUGGUAUAUGUAUACACGUAAAUACUGAUGUCUACGUCAACUACAUAGUAUCUAUGGUAUAUAUAUACCCGUAAAUACUGAUGUAUAUGACAACUACGUAGUAUCUAUGGUAUAUAUAUACAGGUAAAUACUGAUGUCUACAUCAACUAAGUAGUAUCUAUGGUAUAUGUAUAUGUAUACAGGUAAAUACUGAUGUCUAAGACUACAUAGUAUCUAUGGUAUAUGUAUAUAUAAACCCGUAUAUACUGAUG